GCAAUUGCGCGCGCGCUGCAACGUGUAUACGCUACGUAUCAUCAUGGCUGUGAGAGUUCCUGACCCUUUCUCUGCCGUCUCUCCCCCACCACUCUGGACAGGAGGUCCGCCAAUUGGAGGUCUGUACAGAUUUCCCUCUGCGCCCUCUACCAAGGCCGCUCCAGUGAAGCACACGCGGUAUCCGACUGUGUCAGGUACGUCGGUGCUGGGCCUGACGUUUGACGGUGGCGUAAUGCUGGCAGCCGACACUCUGGGGUCCUAUGGAUCUCUGGCCCGGUUUCGUAGUGUCCCUCGUCUCCGGAAACUAUCAGAGACCACUGUUCUGGCCGCCUCGGGUGACUAUGCAGACUUUCAGCACCUCCAGCGGUUUUUCGACGGAAUUAUAAUGCGGUCAGAGUCUUUUGACGACGGCCACAAAUACACCCCUCAAAACCUGUUUAACCGGUUGACCAGACUCAUGUACUACCGGAGGUGCCAGUUUAACCCGCUCUGGAACGUCAUCGUCGUCGGGGGUUACCAAGAAGGAAAGCCGUUUCUUGGCUAUGUCAACAGUAUUGGUACUGCGUUUGAGGCUCCCACUCUGGCCACUGGACUCGGCAGCUACAUCGCCCAGCCCCUGUUAAGAGAAGCAUACGAGAAAAAUCCUCGUCUCACGAGAGAAGAAGCGAAAGAGACACUGCAAAAAGCUCUAAAGGUUCUCUUCUACCGAGAUUGCAGAGCUCUCUCCACCUAUGAUUUGGCUGUGGUGACAGAUGAAGGGGUGGAGAUUGAGGGCCAGCUGCAACUUGAUACCAAUUGGGAGGUGGCUCACUACGUCAGGCCACAUUUUGAAGAUAGUGGCACGGUGGACAUAUCAGGCAGUGGGAUAUCUCUAAAGAUGACAGUGGAUAUCACAAUGAACAAGACAAGUGGUGGAAUCCACCUCAACUGCUCCUACUGUUCCAUUGGGAUUGGCGACCUCUCGGUUACUUUUCAUGGAGGAUUAAGUUGGUUCUAUAACUUGUUCGACUCGAUGAUAGAGGGUAAAUUGAAGAGCUACAUGAACGACAAUAUGUGUUCUCAGUUGAAGUAUGGGAUAAAUGUACCGGCCAACGGUGCACUAGACAGACUCCUCAAAGUAACUUAUGUGCUGGAGGAUGGUGUGGAGAUUGACUAUGCUCUUGUGGCCAAUCCUAAUUUUUCCCACCCUGGAAUUGUAAUCUUGGACAUGAAGGGGGAAUUUCGUUUGGUGAAGGACCCCCAGGAUCCCCCGUUCCCUCCCCCUCCAUUCCCGGACCCCUCUCUGAGGAACUUCUCGAAGAUGAUCUACCUCCAGGGCUCUACCUAUGUUGCCGAGUCAGCAUCCUGGGCCUUCUGGAAGGCAGGGUUGCUGUCCUAUAAUGUCUCCAAUGACAAAAUUCCAGCUGAGUUUGGGACAACAGAUUUCUACUGUUCCAUCGUUUCCCCUAUGUUGUGCAAGAAGUACCCCAACAAGAAGGUCAUGUUUGGAGUAGUUGCUAGCGACUACCCCAGACUGAAGAUUACCCCGGAGUAUGCAGUGGCGAUGGGCAAAGCUCUUGCUAGUAUGUAUGUGGAGAACAAUGGACAUGAAGAACUGGCAUUCACCUUAGCUUUAGAUAUUCAAGCCGACAUGAAACUGUGGUUUAACUCUUCGUCUCCAAUGGGACCAUAUUUGGUCUGUGGAAACGUUUCAAAUCCAAAAGUCAACAUGAGUCUUUACAAAUCAAAUAUUGGGAAUUUUAAUUGCUCGACGUUGAAUGACCUUGUCACAAAGUUUGCUCCAACAAUGGGUCUGGGUUACCUCAACGACUAUCUUAAUGCCGGGAUACCCAUUCCGACACUAGUUGGCCUGUCAUUCGUGGAUCCUUCACUUACAUUUGGAAAGGGGUAUGUUGAAGUGAGUGGAGACGUGAAAUACAGUCCAGAAAUACUGGAGAAACUGAAGAGAGGGCAGUACUGA